AUGGACGGGGAGGAGUUCCGCACAGUGCGCUAUGUCACACAAGAUCCAAUCCAGAAUUUGCGGAUACGAGUCACGCUCACGCGGCUGAGCGCACAGCGCGGCGGCAAGGCAAACAUCGCACAGCAGGUGCCUGAUGCAGCCAACGCGCACGACAACGCCGCGGGCGGCGACGCCGUCGCCGUCGUUGCGGUGGCCGCCCCCACGACGCGCCCUCAGCCUGCGCACGAGACGAGGGUUUUCGGGUGGCAAGAGAAGGUUUUCAGCAGGGCGGAGGUCGCGGCGGCGCAGGCGGCGGCACGCGAGGGGGCGCCCGCGGCAGCCGGGGGGCGGGUGUCCCCGACACGUCGUGCGGAGCACUUUGGCUCGCAGCAGCACUUUGGGGCUGAAAAGCUCCUGGAGGGCCCGCCCGAGGAGGGCGCCCUGUUUUCAUACGUUCACACUGACAAUGUCUGUGAGGCGGCGGAGACACUGAAGGCUGUCAGCACCAGCGAGCACGAGGCGGGCAACCACCUCAUGCGGCGCCUGAGGGGGGACCCGCGCUACAGGCAGAAGAUGCUCAACUUCCGCUGCAUGUACAUAGUCGCUGACCUGGGAGACGAGCGGGCGGCGGCUGGCUGCAGCGAAAAGGUGUUGGUCGCGGUGCGCGCGCACGCGGACGGCAGCUUUGACAUGCGGCCAGGGUUCAGCGAAGGGGGGCGGCGCUACCGCUUUGAGGACGACCACGGCAGCAUAUACGAGUACACCGUGGAGAGCGCCUCGCGCACAGACCCGCCCUGCCUGGAGCGCCGCGCUGCGAAGCUCGGCGCCGCCCUCGCAGCCUCGACCGCGGCCGGGCUGCGGCGCGGCGGGCCGGGCUCGUCGCCUGCCGCCCUGCGGCUCGCGUUGUUUGGGGAGCUGGUGGCGGGUGCGGGCUUCGAGGUCGACCGGUUGUAUGUGGAGUGGCGCGUCGCAUAUGAUCCGGCGAUCUGGCUGCUGCAGGGGCCGACGGAGGCGUGCGAUGCCGACCGGCCGGGCGUGCUGCAGGGCGUGACUCACGUCUCCCGGGUGGUGCUCUACCCGGAGCACCCGGCUGACCCAGCGCCGCCGCCGUGGGUGGCGCACUGGGCGCACCCCUUUGAGGCGGAGUGGGUCGCGAGGGAGGUGCCGCAACCAAACAAGUGGCCGGUCCUCACACUGCAGGUCUGCUCGUACGACCCCUGGGACCGGUACACCUGUGAGGGCUACGGCUGGCUGCGGCUGGGCACCGCGGCCGGCAGCGCGACGCACUUGGUGCCCACUUGGAAGCCGCAGGGAACUCGUCGGGACCAGCAGGAAGCCUUCUUCAUCGGCGGAUCACCAGAGCUGGCCGACAUUGCAACUGUCGCCCAGUCACGCCCCUCAGAAGGCGCCCAACUGGCCGCAGCGGGCGCCCCCGUUGCUGCCGGCAGCGGCCCCUGCAUGCUCAACAAGUACGGCUUUAAAACAGUGUCCAGCGGGACCGUCAAGGUGCGGCUGCACUGCGUGCACCAGUUUGGCGGCUGCGGCGGCGGCGGCGGCCCAGGGUCCCCGAACAAGGGCGCAGUGCAGCAGCGGCAGGGUGGUGGUGGUGGCGGCGGCGGCGGCCCGCGGGGCCGCAAGGAGCUGCGUCUGGCGGUCGUGCUGGAGCGGGCGCGCGCGCGGCUGGAGGACGCGCGCGCCGGCGGCGGCGAGGUCGCGGUGCGCGGCGGCGUCGUCGCGGCGGCGCCGUUUGUGCGGCGGCAGCCGGCGGACGCGGCGGUGGAUGAGGGCGCGACGGUGCAGUUCAGCGUCGUGGCCGGGGGCGCCGAGCCUCUGGUGUACAGGUGGCACAAGGACGGUCGCCGACUGCGCGUCGCAACGGCCGACACACCCGACCUGAUGAUCGUGGGCGUCACCGGUGCCGACGCGGGGCAGUACCACUGCGAAGUGACUAACCCGGACGGCGAGGCGUCCAGCGGCCGCGCGGUGCUGACCGUGCGGCGGGUGUCGCGGCUGCAGAGGGUGACGGCGGGGGAGGCGGCGGGCGGCGGGAGGGAUGGCGCAGAAGGCGGGUCUCCCGUGCCAAACGGAGCGCUGGGCAGCCGCACGACCGUGCCCCGCACCCUGCUGCGGGGCGGCGGCGGCCUGCCCUACAACCCCCGCGCCGGGGCGACGUCGCCCGCCCUCACGCGCCCGCCCGCCGCCAGCCGCGGCGCCGACCCGGGCGGGAGCGGCAGCGCCCCGCCGCAGCAAGAGCGGCGCGCGCGCGCAAACUUGUUCCGGGCGCGCGCGGGCGCCGGCCUCGGCAGCGAGCGGUCGGGGGGUGGCGGCAGCCGCAGCCAGGCUGCAGAUGGCGCGGGCGCGGCCGGCCUGCCGCCGCUGCAGGGGGGAGCAUGGCGCGGGGGGCUGCUGCAGGGCACCCUUGAAGGGCAGCAGCAGCAGCAGCAGCAGCAGCAGCAGCAGCAGCAGCAGCAGCAGCAGCCGCAGCAGCAGCCGCAGCAGCAGCCGCAGCAGCAGCCGCAGCAGCACCAGCCGCCGCCGCCGCAGCAGCAGCCGCCGCCGCAGCAGCAGCAGCCGCAGCAGCAGCAGCAGCAGCAGCAGCAGGAGCUAGAGGACAGCAGCGCGCCUUGGGGCAGCCCGCAGCGGCAGCCAGGGCGCCCGCAGCAGGAGGGUCCGCCCUCCCCCUGGCAUCACAUUGGCAGCCCAAGCGGCCUGCCUCAUCAGGGUGAGGCAGCUUCCCCCCAAACAAUUAGUCAAGCGGGAGCACCAGGGGCGGCGGCAGCAGGGAGUGGGGGCAGCGGUCAAGAGGCGGCGCGGGCGGGUGCCAGCCGAGCAGCGAGCCUAGCGGGCAGCGUCGGCCACAGCACGCCCCCUGCAGGGCCUGGCAGCCCAAGAGGCAGCGCCUCGGGGGCGCCGCGGCAGAGCGGCGGCGGGGCCGAGGGGCAGGCCGCGGCGCCGCAGGGGCUGGGCAGCCACGAGCCGUCCGUGGGGUCGGUGUCGAGCGCAGCGUCGCUGCUGUCGCGGCGCGCAUCAGGGCCGGGGCGGCGCGCGCGGGUGUCUGAGGCUUCUGGGUGA